ACCGAGUGAAAAAGUUGUGUUCCUUUCCUCCCCCUUGCGGAGCGUCCUGUCACUGUUGGAAAAUGGCUGCUCGGAGCAGCUCCCCAAAGCUCAGAGAAAACUGAGGGGGAGAAAAAGUCUGUUUUGAAGUCAAAAACAAACGCUCGUUUUGACGCUUUCUAAACCGGCGACACAGGACAAAACUCGAGGAAGCCAAGCCUCGACUCCGAGGAUGUCUCGCUGGGUGCCCUCAAAGAAGGAAAAGUAUGGAGUUGCAAUCUAUAACUACGAUGCCCGGGGAGAAGAGGAGCUGUCACUGCAGAUCGGAGACACGGUGCACAUACUUGAGACACAUGAAGCCUGGUACAGAGGAUACAGGCUGAGGAGAAAAUCAAAAAAGGGCAUAUUUCCUGCUUGCUACAUCCACCUAAAGGAUGCCACAGUCGAAGGCAGUGGGCAAAAGGAGACUGUUAUUCCCACUGAGCUGCCUCUGGUUCAGGAGGUUACAACAACGCUGCGGGAGUGGGCUACAAUAUGGAGGGACUUGUAUGUGGGGGACAAGCGCGAGAUGUUCAACUGUGUCCGAGACAUGAUCUACGACCUCAUCGAAUGGCGGUCACAGAUCCUGUCUGGCACCCUCCCGCAGGACGAGCUCACUGAGCUCAAACAGAAGGUCACCUCCAAGAUAGACUACGGCAACAAAUACUUGGAUCUUGAUCUGGUGGUCAGAGACAAAGAUGGAAACAUUCUGGACCCGGAGCUCACCAGCACCGUCAGCCUAUUCAGAGAACACGAGGCGGCCUCCAAACAAAUUGAGGACCGGAUCCAAGAGGAGAAGUCUCAGAAGCAGAAUAUUGAUCUCACGAGGCAAGCGAAGUUCGCCUCCACUCCGGCAUUCGCCCUCUUUGUGACUCUGAAGAAUGUGGUGUGUAAGAUUGGUGAGGAUGCAGAGGUGCUCAUGUCCCUGUAUGAUCCAGUGGAGUCAAAGUUUAUCAGUGAGAACUACCUGGUGAAAUGGUCGAGCUCCGGCCUGGUGAAAGACAUCGACCAGCUUCAUAACCUGCGGGCGGUUUUUACGGACUUGGGCAGUGAAGAUUUAAAGAGAGAGAAGAUCAGCUUUGUGUGUCAGAUUGUCAGAGUGGGACGUAUGGAGCUGCGGGACAACAACACCAAGAAGCUGACUUCAGGCCUGAGAAGACCCUUUGGAGUAGCAGUAAUGGAUGUUACAGACAUCAUAACAGGCAAAAUGGACGACGAGGACAAGCAGCACUUCAUCCCAUUCCAGCCGCUGGCGUUGGAUGAUGCCAUUCGCCACAAGCAGCUGAACAUCUCCCGUUUUUCACCCAGGGUGGCAGGGGAGAACGACUUCCUGCAGACAGUCAUCAACAAAGUUAUCACCGCCAAAGAAGUCAAUCACAAAGGCCAAGGUCUUUGGGUGACUCUGAAGCUACUUCCAGGAGACAUCCAUCAGAUAAGGAAGGACUUCCCUCACCUGGUGGAUCGAUCGACGGCUGUGGCUCGAAAGAUGGGCUUCCCCGAGAUAAUCAUGCCAGGUGACGUCCGAAACGACAUCUACGUGACUCUGGUUCAGGGGGAUUUCGACAAGGGGAGUAAGACGACACCCAAAAACGUCGAGGUGACCAUGUCCGUUUACGAUGAAGACGGCAAAAAACUGGAGAAUGUGAUCUUUCCCGGCGCUGGAGAUGAAGGGAUCAAUGAGUACAAGUCUGUCGUCUACUACCAAGUAAAGCAGCCGAGGUGGUUUGAAACGAUAAAGGUUGCGAUCCCCAUCGAAGACGUAAACCGAAGCCAUCUGCGGUUCACCUUCCGCCAUCGCUCAUCGCAGGAUUCCAAAGAUAAAUCAGAGAAAAUCUUUGCCUUGUCUUUCGUUAAACUCAUGCGGUAUGAUGGGACCACUCUGAGGGAUGGAGAGCAUGAUCUCAUUGUGUACAAGGCAGAAGCUAAGAAGCUGGAGGAUUCCAACGUUUACCUAACCCUUCCCUCCACUAAGCUGGAGCUGGAGGAGAAAGGUUACGCCACCACUGGCAAAAACUCCCAGAACCUCGGGACCUGCACCAUCAGCAAGGACUCCUUCCAGAUCGCCACCCUGGUCUGCUCCACCAAACUGACUCAGAACGUCGACCUGCUCGGCCUGCUGAAGUGGCGCUCCAACACCAGCCUCCUGCAGCAGAACCUCUGUCAGCUGAUGAAGGUGGACGGCGGUGAAGUCGUGAAGUUUCUGCAAGACACUCUGGAUGCUCUCUUCAACAUAAUGAUGGAAAACUCUGACAGUGACACUUUUGAUACAUUGGUGUUUGAUGCCUUGGUGUUCAUAAUUGGACUUAUAGCAGACAGAAAGUUCCAGCACUUUAACCCCGUUCUUGAAACCUACAUUCGCAAGCAUUUCAGUGCCACACUGGCUUACACGAAAUUGACCAAAGUUCUGAAGAACUACGUGGAGAACGCUGAGAAGCUGACAGAACAGCUGCUGAUGGCCAUGAAGGCUCUGGAAUACAUCUUCAAGUUCAUUGUGCGCUCCAGAGUUCUCUUCAACCAGCUCUACGAGAACAAAGACGAGGCCGAAUUCAUGGACUCCUUGAGGAGCCUCUUCACAUCCUUUAACGACAUGAUGAACAGCAGCUCAGAGAACACUGGCAUGGUGAAGCUGCUGCUUAAGGGUGCUGCCUUAAAGUACAUCCCAACCAUCGUCAAUGAUGUCAAGCUGGUCUUUGACCCCAAGGAACUGAGCAAGCUGUUCACAGAGUUCAUCCUGAAGGUCCCCCAGGGUCGUCUGGUGAAACAGAAGCUCGACUGUCUGAUUGACAUCGUCCACAGCGAUCUCUUUACUCAUCACGACUGCCGCGAGAUCCUCCUACCGCUGAUGACGGAACAGCUGAAGUCCCACCUGGAGAAGCAGGAGGAGCCGAAGGCCUGCUGCCAGCUGCUCAGUGACAUCAUGGAGGUGCUUUACAGGAAGGACGUGGGUCCCACUCAGUGGCAUGUUCAAGUUAUCAUGGAGAAGCUGCUGAGGACAAUAAACAGGACAGUCAUCUCCAUGGGCCGGGAUUCUCCUCACAUCGGCAGCUUUGUGGCCUGCAUGACUGCCAUCCUGAGACAGAUGGAUGACUAUCAUUACAGUCAUCUGAUCAACACUUUUGGCAAGAUAAGAAGUGACGUGGUGGAUUUCCUUAUGGAAACAUUUAUCAUGUUUAAAAAUCUCAUCGGGAAAAACGUCUACCCCUCGGACUGGAUCAUAAUGAACAUGAUGCAAAACAAGGUUUUCCUUCGGGCUAUUAGCCAGUACGCAGAUGUGUUGAGCAAGAAAUUUCUGGAUCAAGCCAACUUUGAGCUACAGCUGUGGAACAACUACUUCCACUUGGCCGUGGCCUUCCUCACCCAGGAGUCGCUGCAGCUGGAAAACUUCUCGAGCGACAAAAGAACCAAGAUCUUCCACAAGUACCAAGACAUGAGGCGACAGAUCGGCUUUGAAAUCAGGGACAUGUGGUACAAUUUAGGCCCCCACAAGAUAAAGUUCAUCCCUGAGAUGGUGGGUCCAGUUCUGGAGAUGACCCUUGUUCCCGAGAUCGAGCUGCGAAAGGCCACCAUCCCCAUCUUCUUUGACAUGAUGCAGUGCGAGUUUCACUUCACAUGUGGCUUCCAACGGUUUGAGAACGAGAUCAUCACCAAGCUGGAUCACGAGGUGGAAGGGGGCCGAGGAGACGAGCAGUACAAAGUUCUCUUUCAGAAAAUUUUGUUGGAGCACUGCAGGAAGCACAAAUACCUGUCCAGGACGGGAGAAAUCUUUGUCUCUCUGGUGGUGCGACUCCUGGAAAGGCUGCUGGACUACAGGACCAUCAUGCAUGACGAGAACAAGGAAAACCGCAUGAGCUGCACCGUCAAUGUUCUAAACUUUUAUAAGGAGAUAGACAGAGAGGAGAUGUACAUCAGGUACCUGUAUAAGCUGUGCGACCUCCACAGAGAGUGCGACAACUACACAGAAGCUGCCUACACCCUGCUGCUGCACGCAAAACUGCUCAAGUGGUCGGACGAGCAAUGCGCGGCCCACCUGACCCAGAGGGAAGGUUACCAGGCCACAACUCAAGGACAGCUUAAGGACCAGCUCUAUCAGGAGAUUAUUAAUUACUUCGAUAAGGGCAAGAUGUGGGAAGAGGCGAUUGUGUUGAGCAAAGAACUGGCUGAACAGUAUGAGAAUGAAAUGUUUGACUUUGAGCAGCUUAGUGCAUCCUUGCGGAAGCAAGCUCAGUUCUAUGAGAAUAUAGUGAAGGUCAUCCGGCCCAAACCGGACUACUUCGCUGUGGGCUACUACGGAAUGGGGUUCCCGUCCUUUCUGCGGAACAAAAUGUUCAUGUACCGUGGGAAGGAGUACGAGCGCAGGGAGGAUUUUGAAGCACGGCUGCUCACACAGUUUCCCAACGCAGAGAAGAUGAAGACCACCACGCCGCCCAGCGAGGACACAAAAAACUCCUUUGGACAAUACAUUCAGUGUUUCAAAGUGAAGCCCAUUCUCAACCUUCCGGCCAAGUUUCAAAACAAGCCUGUGUCGGAACAAAUUGUCAGCUUCUACACAGUAAAUGAAGUCCAUAAAUUCCAGUAUUCCAGGCCGGUGAGGAAGGGAGAAAAGGACCCCGACAAUGAAUUUGCGAACAUGUGGCUUGAGAGGACCACGUACACGACCGGAUACAAGCUUCCCGGCAUCCUGCGCUGGUUUGAAGUCAAAUCGGUCUCCACGGAAGAGAUCAGCCCUCUGGAGAACGCCUUGGAAACGAUGCAGCUGGCCAAUGAGAAGAUCAGCAGCAUGGUGCAGAGGCACCUCAGUGAUCCCAAUCUUCCCAUCAACCCUCUCUCCAUGUUGUUGAAUGGGAUUGUGGACCCUGCUGUCAUGGGAGGUUUUGCUAACUAUGAGAAGGCCUUCUUUAACGACAAGUACAUGCAGGAGCACCCAGAGGACCACGAGAAGAUGGAAAAACUGAAAGACCUCAUAGCCUGGCAGAUCCCACAUCUCGCUGAAGGUGUUCGUAUUCAUGGUGAGAAGGUUACCGAGGCGCUGAGGCCCUUCCACGAUCGCAUGGAGGCUUGCUUCAAACAGCUGCGAGAGAAGGUGGAGAAACAGUAUGGUGUUAGGAGUCUGCCGUCAGGUGACGAGCGACGCGGCCCUCGUCCUCCCUCCAUGGUGCGCUCCUUCACCAUGCCCUCCUCCCAGAGGCCGCUGUCCGUCGCUUCAGUCACCUCUAUUUCCUCUGACAACUCCCCGUCCAGGCCUGGAUCUGAUGGCUUUGCCUUGGAGCCCCUUCUACCAAAGAAGCUGCACACAAAGUCUCAGGACAAAUUGGACCGGGACGAACCAGAAAGGGACCGCAAAGAGAGGAAGAAGGAGAAGAGGAACAGCAAGCACCAAGAGAUUUUCGAUAAAGAACUCAAGACAGCAGACAUUCAACUGCAGCAACCCGAAGCUGUCAUACUCUCAGAGACGAUCAGCCCCCUGCGGCCUCAGAGACCAAAGAGUCAAGUUCUCAACCAGAUGGCUGGCGAUCGCCGUCUUUCUGUCUCACCGGGACCUCCUUCUUCCAACUCCUUACCUGGCCCCCCACCCAUUACACCGAGGAACAAAUCCACCUUUAGCCUGAACGCUGUUUCAAGUCUGGAGCUGAACGGGAUGGGCUGCAACGACAAGGGGGAGGCCCCUCCUCCCCUGCCGUUGAAAAGCAGCACAGGAGAUUACGGCAACCUGCUAGAUAAUCAAGACUUGACGAGUCCCUCGACUCCUCCCCCGCCCCCACCGCAUCAAAGACACAUUCCACCUCCUCUUCCUAGCAAGACCCCCCCGCCUCCUCCUCCCAAGACCACCAGGAAACAGGCCUCCAUCGAUUCAGGAAUCGUACAGUAAACAAAGACACUGACAGAAAGACCAAACAGCACACUGACAACAAAACAAAAACAUCAACAGUAAACGUUCCCACGGAAAAAGAGAAAGGGAAAAAGAAGGUUGCUUUCACCCACACAUCCCUCGCUCCCCGUCCCAGCUUGACAAGAUGAAUACCUCACCGCCGCCCGCCCCCUCUUAUCGUCCUUAAGUCUCUCCUUUAGUCUUUCCGUCUCCUGUUUGAUGCCGUCUCCAGCAGGGAGCGCGUUUCACAGAUGAAUAGUCACUGAACUUGUAGAUGCAGUCUACAACCGCCACUUUGCCACUUUGCGCUUUUUUUUUUUUGUUUUUUUUGUUUUUUGUUUUUUUUUAUCUUGACAUGAGAUUGUGCUCAGACAAGAUAAGCUGGGACCAGCAGCUUCUCAACACUGACCCACUGUCAAUUGAAUGAGAGCAAAAAGUUCAUUAAAGCAUUAUUCCUGUCUCUGUUAUUCAUAUUCACCCCCACUAUGUACAGAGGUAUGUAUAUAUUAUGUUAUUUUAUUUCAGGUCUCUUUGUACGUUUUUUGAUCAUGUCAUUUUUUCUUUUUUUCUUUUUUUUUUUGUAUUAACGCAUCACUAGAUUAGUGGCAUUUAUAUAUGAAACAAGAAAAGGGCUUGUAGGUUUGGAUUGACAGGGAUUUUGAAGGAACCUAUCAUGAAUUUUAUCGGUAAAAUAUCUGGAGUGCACAUCCUGCUAACUCUUAUUCCAUAUAUUCGAGCAUCAUUGUUUAGACCAUGUCCCUGAUUGCUGUAACCUUGGAUUUCAAUAACACUGACUGUUUCCAGUUCACUACUGACAUGACUUCUGAAUAAACUUUCAAAUGUAUGUAUUUUUAAAAAGGAGAGAUGUCUUUCUCAUUAUCUGUGCCUACGUGGAGAGACGCCGAAAAUAGAUGUCUGCGCUUUCUGGAAGUAAAAAAAAAAAAAAAAAAAAAAAA